AUGGUUAGCUCGCUCUCAUCCAACAUACUUAUAGCCCUUAUAGUGGUCCUGAUGACACUAUUAAGGCAAAAUAAGUCGUUCAAAAAGUGGUUUGUGUCAAACAUUGAAAUACUAUUGUCAAGAACAUCGAACUCGACCCAGAAAAUUAACGUCUUAUCACCAACUUUGAAAUUGGUCAGUGAUGAAAAACUGAUGGGAGCCUAUCGGCCGAACUUCGCCAAGCUCAAUUCUAGACUUCCUAGGCUUCUUGAGCUGACACAGAAUUUGAUCCGUUUGCAUGAGUAUCGCGUAAGAGGAGAAAGCUACAAUGGCCUUUUGUUUCAAAGAACAAGACAAUUGGGCGGAAUUUCAGAAGACCAGUUGCGGCAGUUGGGUUACUUCACCAAACUAGUGAAAAGUAAUGAGGGGAUUCGAGCAAAUGCAGAGGUGAUUGACAAGAUAAUCGAGUAUACUUUGAUGAAAUUGGUUCAUUCCAACGAGCAGGCCGAGGAAUUCGUGGAGGAGAUUGAUAAAAUAUGUGAAGAGCAUGGCUAUAAGGUUAAAGACGGUCAACUGACUAAAUUAAAAGCGACCUCCGUAUUUCCAAUAGUGCUAUCUAGAGGCAGUCAAAAUGCUGUCCAUGAAGCAUUGGCACAUUUAUGUCGAGAUUUCAGCUCUUACUAUAGCAGGGAAAGAGAUCCUUUACAGAAUUUCUUCACUGAUAGAAUCAAAAGCUUUGUGAAUGGAUCUGGGUUUACCAAAGAGAAAGUUCUGAUGGUGAUACCAGGUGCCGGCGUUGGGGGCUUAUCUCAUAGUCUUGCCAGCACUUUCCCCCAUAUACAAGUAGAUUCCAUUGAAUUGUCGGCUUUGAUGUAUGUAUGUAACCUAUUUGCACUUGAAUAUGGGCAAGAUGUUGAAAUACGGCCUUUUAUACAACAAUAUUCAGGUCAGACAGUGUUUGAUAACCAGUUGAGAAGUUUAUCGGCAGAUCUAAGCAAAGUCAACCAGCACAAAAACUUGACUCCACUAUGGGGGGACUUUACACAAUAUUCUCCCGAUGCGAAAAAUUAUGAUAAAAUUAUUGUUUGUAGCGCAUAUUUUAUAGACACUGCGGAGAAUAUAUUCGAUUAUUUAAACAGUAUCGAAGCAUUAAAGGAAUAUUGUAAAGAACUACAUUGGAUUAACGUAGGGCCGUUGAAAUAUGGCACCAAACCUUUAGUCCAAUUCACUGGGGAUGAAUUAAACCAACUACGCAAAAUUCGCGGAUGGAAGGAUCUUGUGGAAACAUAUGAACUCGAUUAUUUUAAAGGGCUAAAUGGCUAUUUGACCGAUUACGAGUCUAUGUACCAAGGUUAUUAUGGCCUACUUAAAUUCCAUUCUGUUUUCGAGAAAUCAGAGUAA